AUGAUACCUUUUACAGGUCGAUGUCCCAACAGGCAGUACGUAAAAAAUAAACCCCGACCUACAGGUUUAAAAAAUUUUGUUAUUACAACGUCCAAAGGCAAAGUUUUAGAUUUUGAAAUAUAUCAAGGUGCCGAAACACCGUUUCAAGAUAAAACGUUGGGACUAGGACCUGCGGAUGUCAUUCAUUUAUCUCAAACUAUCCCCGAAGGAUCAGUUUUAUUUUUUGAUCGAUAUUUUACUACUGUGUCGUUAAUGGAUCGAUUGAUAAGCAAAAAAUUAAUGACUACAGGUACAAUAAUGUCAAAUCGGCUUAAAAAUGUUCAUUUUAGUCAGGACAAAAAAUUUGAAAGAAGUGCCUGGAAAGAGUUCACUAGAGGUGAUAACAAAAUUACAGCAGUUAAAUGGAAAGAUAGCAAAUGUGUUACUUUACUAUCUACUAUAACAGGAGUAGAGUCACAUGUUACGGUAAAGAGAUGGAGUAAGACAGAAAGCAAAGAAAUUGAAGUUCCUUGUCCAGCUAUUGUAAAAUCAUAUAAUGAAUAUAUGGGUGGAGUUGACGUAUGUGAUCAACAGAUUGAAUGUUAUCGAACAUGGGUAAAAACCAAAAAAUGGACCCUAAAAGUGGCAUUACAUUUUAUCGAUUUAAGUAUAGUGAACGCGUGGAUGGAGUACCGUGAAGAUGCUGAAAAAAUGCGACUACCUAAAAAAGAAAUCUUGGACCUUAUGAACUUUAAAAUGUCUGUUGCUCAAGAAUGGCUAUCUACAACUGUAAAAAAACGUUCGUUACCUGAAGAAUCCAGUUCGUCAGAUACUGAAGAAGUUCCUCAAAAACUAUAUAGGCCACAAAAUUAUAGAGCUCCAGUUCCACCAACAACAAAGGUAAAAGACGGAUUUGAACAUUGGCCCGAAAAAUAA